AUGUCACCUUCUACUCGGCGGCCAGUGCGCAUUGGCGGUGCGAGCGGCGGCUUCACCGACCGCGUUCGAGCCAUCAACUCUCUCGCCAGCAAUGAAGAUGUGGAUGUCAUAGUCGGCGACUGGCUCUCAGAAAUGACCAGGACAAUCCACGGCUCCGGCAAACAACGCACGAUCAAAGACCUAUCCACAAAAUCUCAGACCUUCAACGAGCUAUCUUUCGAACAGCAGCUGGAAACAGCAUAUUUCGCCGAAAACUUCAUGGACUGUUUCGAACCGGCUAUCGACAGUCUGGCCAAGAAUGGCGUCAAGUUAGCCGUCAACGCUGGAGCAUCCGAUACCGAGGUUUUGGCCAAACUUGUUCAACAGACGGUGAAAGCAAAGGGAUAUGAUCUUAAGGUUGCUUGGAUUUCUGGUGAUGAGCAGACUGAGAAUGUCCGGGAGCUGAUUUCUCGGGGUGAGACUUUUGAAUCGCUUAUGCAUGGACGCAAGAUUCAGGAUUGGGAGCAAGAGAUUGUGUGCGCGCAGUGUUACCUCGGAGGGCUUGGGAUCGCAGAGGCACUGAGAGCGGGAGCUGAUAUCGUCAUCGCUGGUCGUGUGGCCGACGCUGCUCCAACGAUUGGUGCUGCUGCUUGGUGGCAUGAAUGGUCUCGAGAUCAGCUGGAUGAGCUUGCCGGAAGUCUUGAUUUGCUGAAAACUGGCAAGCAUGUCAAUGUUGGCUUCCCGAUCGCUGCUGUUGACUACAGAGGAAACUGCACAAUCACAAAAGAGAAGAACACUGGCGGUUGUGUGACCGUCGACUCUGUUACCAGCCAGCUCCUUUACGAAAUACAAGGUCCCCUGUACUACAACUCUGAUGUCGUGGCUCAUCUGGAAGGAGUCAAGAUCGAGCAGCUUGGCGAAGAUGAAGUCUUCGUCUCUGGAGUCAAGGGGCUGCCACCUCCAGAUACAACAAAAGUCGGAAUCUCCGGCUUCGCAGGCUGGCAGGCUGAGUACCACAUCUACCUCUGUGGUCUCGACAUCGACGAGAAAUGCAAGUUCGCCGAAGACCAGAUCAAAUAUGAACUUGGAGAGGAGAGGCUGAAUAAGUUCUCCUGUCUAAAGUUCACGCGAAACGGCGAUUCACCCAUCGAUGCAAGAAAUCAGGACAUCGCCACAGUAGACUUCCGCAUCUUCGCCCAAUCGAAAGAUCGUCAACUCCUCAGCAUGAGAAAUCCCGAAGGCUUCUUUCGAAUCUCCAUGGUCAACUUCCUCAUGUCAUGUCCCGGCGCCACUUUGAGCAACGAUAUGCGACAAGCCGAAGGAAAGCCUUUCUACGAAUACUGGCCGGCACUUCUCCCUCAAACCUGGGUGAAGCAUCAAGCACAUCUCCUUUUCGAGCCCGAAGCUGGGAAACAAAAAGUCAUAGAUAUUCCACCUCCUACUCUGACCGAGAAGCACAAGCGUCAACAGCCAUCCUACGAAACUUCUAAUCCCGCAAAGCUUUCUGCCCUUGGCGAGACCGUGCGUGCCCCUCUGGGUACUAUUGUUCUCGGUCGAAGCGGUGACAAAGCCAGUGAUUGCAAUGUCGGCUUCUUCGUGCGCCCGUCACCAAACGAUGAGCUUUGGGAGUGGUUGCGCACAAUUCUCACUGUUGAGAAGAUCAAGGAGUUACUUGGUCCAGAGGAGAUUCACAAAUUUGGCAAGGCGGAAUUGAGGUACUUGAGGGCGAAGACUGUGGAUAUCCCGAAGAAGUUCUUGGAGUAUGCCAGAAUCUGA